CUUCUAUCAUGUGUUUAGUUUGUCAUGUGAUUCACCCAGUUCCUGCUAAGACUACCAGCGGACUUUUGCUGUAUCAUGUCGGACAUAGUGCUCUAGUUUAUAAUACUGGAGACAAAACAUGGACUCGCCUUGCAAUUGUAACAAGGCUGUGCCUUGGAAAAUCGUUGUAACGUUACUUGUUUCGAUCACAACGGUCCUGGUUAUAUUUCCCUCCGGCACAGCGGGUUCUGAUGUCAGCCUCUGGUACCAAGACCUCUGCAGGUAAGGAGGCACCGCUCACUCGCGCAGUCUCAUGACAGUAAACAAGAGGGUAUAAAGCUUCUUUGGAAAUGGAAAGUGUAUUUAGCAACAAACGCAGCUUAUACAGUUCAUUUAGUGUGGUACAGUACAAUGAUACAAUGCUGUUUCCAUCCUCAUAUGUUUUCCAUCCUCAUAUGUAUGUCUCCAUUGUCAGCUGCUUCUCGUCUGGCGUAGCCCCUGAACCUGGUUUUACAAGGCAGUAGUUUGGAUAGAAAGAUGGUGUCUAGUCAGUUGGCUGAUCACGGUAUUUAUUAUGAGACUACUUGUGAGAACAUACGGCUUCAAAUAGAACUGGCAUCUGGAGGAGGUCGGUGGAUAGACAGGAGGGUCACGAGUUGUUUGUUUAGAAAGACAAUUGUAGGCUACUUUUAUGUACUAGGCUAAAAUAAUAGCCAUAUAUGCCACUAUAUGGUGAUUCAUUUCUGAGUCAUGAAAACGUUGCUGUGAUCAUAUUUGGAACUGCAUAUGAAUGUUUUUUUGAUUAUAUGUUUUUUGAGGACACAUAGAUAACUAAACAGUACAAUGUUUAUGUAAACAUUGAGAUGGUGUGAAUGUAUUUCUACAUGUAUUUUUUUUUCUGUCUCCUUUUCCUCCAGUUACAAAUGGGAGGCUAUAGACCAGGACAACAAAGUCAAAUACACACUGAAGCUCUGUGACUCCUCACCUCACACAGGAUGUGGGGCCGGCAGUGCUGUCUGUGCCAACAACCUCACCAGUCAAAAGAACCAGUCAGUGGGUGAGUAUAGUUAGGGACAAGAGUUUUCCCUGACAAUGUGACCUGGUCAGGACCAACUGGGCACUGGCCCUAUUACAAGGCUCUGGAGUUGUUCCUGGUCUGGUAACUUCUGCUCAGGAAAAACUAUUGGCCCUAAUUCUAGUACAGGGCCCUGCCUCUGUUAGGAGGAUGUGCUAAGGGUUCAUUAAGUGAGGUUGGCAUCUGAUGAUCUGGCCUGCUGAUUAGGCAGAAUGUUUUGCUGCUGUAGAUAGAUCACUGUAGUAGAUGCUGCUGUCAGGACACAGUGGGGGUCAGCAAUAGCACCAUGAGCACCCCAAAGUAUGGACCCCAGUCAGAUGCCAGUCAAGUCAAUGUCCAUUGAUUCCGUUGAUUUGUUUCAGUGAUGUGUCAGUUUAAUGCUGUUUCGUGAAGAGACACAAUUCUUUAUAGAAUACAACAUUUGGGUAAUGAUUUGGUGAUAGGUUAGGCUAUCUGUCAAGUGUAGGGUCUGGUCUGUCAAAACAAAACGUAAAAGGUAGGCAAACCUUUACUGGCAGUUUAUCUUAUCAAACUGUUCCUCAAUGAUGACACAUUUUCCAGUACUAUUUGGUAAGGUAUGUCAUUAAAAUCCCCCAACUGAAAAAACAGAAGCCUUAUCCUCAGCUUUUGCUGUAAACAGAGGAAGCACUGAUAUCAAACUAAUUGAAUCACACUUGAUACUUUGCUUUGCUUCACUUUAGUGCUGAUGUAGCUAAGCAUUUCAGAAAAGUGGUGGCAGGUAGCUUAGUGGUUAAGAGCGUUGUGCCAGUAACCGAAAGGUCGCUGGUUCUAAUCCCCGAGCCGACUAGGUGAAAAAUCUGUCGAUGUGCUCUUGAGCAAGGCACUUAACCCUAAUUGCUCCUGUAAGUCGCUCUGGAUAAGAGCGUCUGCUAAAUGACUAAAAUGUAAAAUGUUUUCCUUGUCAAAUAUAGGCUAGCUGUUUUGGCUAUAUAUCGUUUGUGGUUUACCUGGACUUAUUCAUAAUUUUUUAAGCUCAAAUGAUUGUGCACAAAUUAAUCUGACCAUUGCUAGACUAUUCCAUAACAUGAUCAUCACAACAAGUCCCGGCCCAGGACACUUGGCCAUGACCUUCACUCAGUGACUAAUCAGUGUUUGGUUGCGCUCAGGGUGAAACACAGUCGGGUCAUGAUUUAAAGUCUACAUGAGAGAAAUGCCUGCAGAUGGUAUGACACCCUGGGCUCAACUCAACAAGCUCUGAGUGUCAGAGUAGGACAGGAAGGGGCUCUUGUGACAGAUCUAAUGCUGAUAACUAGCGACUAACCUAUUUAUUUUGUGUUGGAAUAAUCAAAGGAGGUUAAAGGUGAACCAGACCAGCUGCCUGUUUUCAUGACUGUGCCUUUACGCUAUGAUAAACAUGCAACAGACAAUUUGCAAGCUUAGAAAUCGCUCACACAGCUUUGCUCUGAAUUCAACCAGGCUGCUUGCAUGCAGGCAAUUGACCUUGCAUAAUAUGUAUUUGAAUCUUCCAAGUCACCUCUAUUGUUUAGUAAUUUAUGUUACUGGGUCAGCUGAGUAGCAAUUUGUCAGCUCUAAGCUCUGCUGAAUAGCUUUCAUUUAGGCCACAGAAUAAUAUAUAUAUAUAUAUAGACAUACAGUGCCUUCGGAAAGUAUUCAGACCUCUUGACUUUUUCCACAUUUUGUUACAUUACACCCUUAUUCUAAAAUGGAUUAAAUAAAAACAAUUCCUCAGCAAUAUACACACAAUACCCCAUAAUGACAAAGCAAAAACCGUAAAAAAAAAAAAACAUUUGUAAAAAAACAAAAAAAAGAUAUACCUUAUUUACAUAAGUAUUCAGACGCUUUGCUGUGCGACUCGAAAUUGAGCUCAGGUGCAUCCUGUUUCCAUUGAUCAUCCUUGAGAUGUUUCUACAACUUGAUUGGAGUCCACCUGUGGUAAAUUCAAUUGAUUGGACAUGAUUUGGAAAGGCACACACCUGUCUAUAUAUGGUCCCACAGUUGACAGUGCAUGUCAGAGCAGAAACCAAGCCAUGAGGUCGAAGGAAUUGUACGUAGAGCUCCGAGACAGGAUUGUGUCAAGGCACAGACCUGGGGAAAGGUAACAAAACAUUUCUGCAGCAUUGAAGGUCCCCAAGAACACAGUGGCCUCCAUCAUUCUUAAAUGGAAGAAGUUUGCAACCACCAAAACUCUUCCUAGAGCUGGCCGCCCGGCCAAACUGAGCAAUCGGGGGAGAAGGGCCUUGGUCAGCGAGGUGACCAAGAACCCGAUUGUCACUCUGACAGAGCUCCAGAGUUCCUUUGUGGAGAUGGGAGAACCUUCCAGAAGGACAACCAUCUCUGCAGCACUCCACCAAUCAGGCCUUUAUGGUAGAGCGGGCAGAUGGAAGCCACUCCUCAGUAAAAGGCACGACAGCCCGCUUGGAGUUUGCCUAAAGGCACCUUAAGACUCUCUGACCAUGAGAAACAAGAUUCUCUGGUCUGAUGAAACCAAGAUUGAACUCUUUGGCCUGAAUGCCAAGUGUCAUGUCUAGAUGAAACCUGGCACCAUCCCUAUGGUGAAGCAUGGUGGUGGCAGCAUCAUGCUGUGGGGAUGUUUUUCAGCGGCAGGGACUGGGAGACUAGUCAGGAUUGAGGGAAAGAUGAACGGAGCAAAUUACAGAGAGAUCCUUGAUGAAAACCUGCUCCAGAGCGCUCAGGACCUCAGACUGGGGCGAAGGUUCACCUUCCAACAGCACAACCACCCUAAGCACACAGCCAAGACCUCAGGAGUGGCUUCGGGACAAGUCUCUGAAUGUCCUUGAAUGGCCCAGCAAGAGCCCGGACUUGAACCCAAUCGAACAUCUCUGGAGAGACCUGAAAAUAGCUGUGCAGCAACGCUCCCCAUCCAACCUGACAGAGCUUGGGAGGAUCUGCAGAGAAGAAUGGGAGAAACUCCCCAAAUACAGGUGUGCCUAGCUUGUAGCGUCAUACCCAAGAAGACUCAAUGCUGUAAAAGCUACCAAAGGUGCUUCAACAAAGUACUGAGUAAAGGGUCUGAAUACUUAUGUAAAUGAGAUAUUUCUGUUUUUUAUUUGUAAUAAAUGUUUUUUUUUUAAAUGAUGGGGUAUUGUGUGUAGAUUGAUGAGGGGAAAAAAACAAUUUAAUCCAUUUCAGAAUAAGGCUGUAAUGUAACAAAAUGUGGAAAAAGUCAAGUGGUCUGAAUACUUUCCAAAGGCACUGUGUGUGUGUGUGUGUGUGUGUGUGUGUGUGUGUAUAUAAACUCAGCAAAAAAAGAAACGUCCUCUCACUGUCAACUGCGUUUAUUUUCAGCAAACUUAACAUGUGUAAAUAUUUUUAUGAACAUAACAAGAUUCAACAACUGAGACAUAAACUGAACAAGUUCCACAGACAUGUGACUAACAUAAAUUGAAUAAUGUGUCCCUGAACAAAGGGGGGGGGGGGGGGCAAAAUCAAAAGUAACAAUCAGUAUCUGGUGUGGCCACCAGCUGCAUUAAGUACUGCAGUGCAUCUCCUCCUCAUGGACUGCACCAGAUUUGCCAGUUCAUGCUGUGAGAUGUUACCCCACUCUUCCAUCAAGGCUUCCUGCAAGUUCCCGGACAUUUCUGGGGGGAAUGGCCCUAGCCCUCACCCUCCGAUCCAACAGGUCCCAGACGUGCUCAAUGGGAUUGAGAUCCGGGCUCUUCGCUGGCCAUGGCAGAACACUGACAUUCCUGUCUUGCAGGAAAUCCCACACAGAACGAGCAGUAUGGCUGGUGGCAUUGUCAUGCUGGAGGGUCAUGUCAGGAUGAGCCUGCAGGAAGGGUACCACAUGAGGGAGGAGGAUGUCUUCCCUGUAACGCACAUUGUUGAGAUUGCCUGCAAUGACAACAAGCUCAGUCCGAUGAUGCUGUGAUACACCACCACCCCAGACCAUGACGGACCCUCCACCUCCAAAUCGAUCCCGCUCCAGAGUAAAGGCCUCAGUGUAACACUCAUUCCUUCGAUGAUAAACGCGAAUCCGACCAUCACCCCUGGUGAGACAAAACCGCGACUCGUCAGUGAAGAGCACUUUUUGCCAGUCCUGUCUGGUCCAGCGACGGUGGGUUUGUGCCCAUAGGCGACGUUGUUGCCGGUGAUGUCUGGUGAGGACCUGCCUUACAACAGUCCAGCCUCUCUCAGCCUAUUGCGGACAGUCUGAGCACUGAUGGAGGGAUUGUGCAUUCCUGGUGUACCUCUGGCAGUUGUUGUUGCCAUCCUGUACCUGUCCCGCAGGUGUGAUGUUCGGAUGUACCGAUCCUGUGCAGGUGUUUUUACACGUGGUCUGCCACUGCGAGGAUGAUCAGCUGUCCGUCCUGUCUCCCUGUAGCGCUGUCUUAGGCGUCUCACAGUACGGACAUUGCAAUCCUCAUGCCUCCUUGCAGCAUGCCUAAGGCACGUUCACGCAGAUGAGCAGGGACCCUGGGCAUCUUUCUUUUGGUGUUUUUCAGAGUCAGUAGAAAGGCCUCUUUAGUGUCCUACGUUUUCAUAACUGUGACCUUAAUUGCCAACUGUCUGUAAGCUGUUAGUGUCUUAACAACCGUUCCACAGGUGUGUGUUCAUUAAUUGUUUAUGGUUCAUUGAACAAGCAUGGGAAACAGUGUUUAAACCCUUUACAAUGAAGAUCUGUGAAGUUAUUUGGAAUUUACUAAUCUUUGAAAGACAGGGUCCUGAAAAGGGGACGUUUCUUUAUUUGCUGAGUUUAUAUAGAUAGAUAGAUAGAUAGAUACAGUUGAAGUCGGAAGUUUACAUACACCUUAGCCAAAUACAUUUAAACUCAGUUUUUCACAAUUCCUGACAUUUAAUCCUAGAAAAAAUUCCCUGUCAUAAGUCAGUUAGGAUCACCACUUUAUUUUAAGAAUGUGAAAUGUCAGAAUAAUAGUAGAGUGAUUUAUUUCAGCUUUUAUUUCUUUCAUCACAUUCCCAGUGGUUCAGAAGUUUACAUACACUCAAUUAGUAUUUGGUAGCAUUGCCUUUAAAUUGUUUAACUUGGGUCAAACAUUUCGGGUAGCCUUCCACAAGCUUCCCACAAUAAGUUGGGUGAAUUUUGGCCCAUUCCUCCUGACAGAGCUGGUGUAACUGAGUCAGGUUUGUAGGCCUCCUUGCUCGCACACACUUUUUCAGUUCUGCCCACAAAUGUUCUAUAGGAUUGAGGUCAGGGCUUUGUGAUGGCCACUCCAAUACCUUGACUUUGUUGUCCUUACGCCAUUUUGCCACAACUUUGGAAGUAUGCUUGGGGUCAUUGUCCAUUUGGAAGACCCAUUUGCGACCAAGCUUUAACUUCCUGACUGAUGUCUUGAGAUGUUGCUUCAAUAUAUCCACAUCAUUUUCCUUCCUAAUGAUGCCAUCUAUUUUGUGAAGUGCACCAGUCCCUCCUGCAGCAAAGCUCCCCCACAGCAUGAUGCUGCCACCCCCGUGCUUCACGGUUGGGAUGGUGUUCUUCGACUUGCAAGCAGCCCCCUUUUUCCUCCAAAUAUAACGAUGGUCAUUAUGGCCAAACAGUUCUAUUUUUGUUUAAUCAGACCAGAGGACAUUUCUCCAAAAAGUACGAUCUUUGUCCCCAUGUGCAGUUGCAAACCGUGGCUUUUUUAUGGCGGUUUUGGAGCAGUGGCUUCUUCCUUGCUGAGCGGCCUUUCAGGUUAUGUUGAUAUAGGACUAGUUUUACUGUGGAUAUAGAUACAUUUGUACCUGUUUCCUCCAGCAUCUUCACAAUGUCCUUUGCUGUUGUUCUGGGAUUGAUUUGCACUAGACGCACCAAAGUACGUUCAUCUCUAGGAGACAGAACGCAUCUCCUUCCUGAGCGGUAUGACGGCUGCAUGGUCUCAUGGUGUUUAUACUUGCAUACUAUUGUUUGUACAGAUGAACGUGGUACCUUCAGGCGUUUGGAAAUUGCUCCCAAGGAUGAACCAGACUUGUGGAGGUCUACCAUUUUUUUUCUGAGGGCUUGGCUGAUUUCUUUAGAUUUUCACAUGAUGUCAAGCAAAGAGGCACUGAGUUUGAAGGUAGGCCUUGAAAUACAUCCACGGGUACACCUCCAAUUGACUCAAAUGAUGUCAAUUAGCCUAUCAUAAGCUUCUAAAGCCAUGACAUCAUUUUCUGGAAUUUUCCAAGCUGUUUAAAGGCACAGUUAACUUAGUGUAUGUAAACUUCUGACCCACUGGAAUUGUGAUACAGUGAAUUAUAAGUGAAAUAAUCUGUCUGUAAACAAUUGUUGGAAAAAUUACUUGUGUCAUGCACAAAGUAAAUGUCCUAACCUACUUGCCAAAACAAUAGUUUGUUUAAAAGAAAUUUGUGGAGUGGUUGAAAAACGAGUUUUAAUGACUCCAACCUAAGUGUAUGUAAACUUCUGACUUCCUGUAUAUAGAUAUAUGCCAUUUAGCAGACCCUUUUAUCCAAAUCGACUUAGUCAUGCAUGCAUACUGAAAAUAUCUAAUGAUAUAAGAGCCAUAAAGCAUGGUGCAUGAAAGGAAUCACAAUGGCACUUGUGAGUGUGACAGUGUUCACUAACACAGCAGUGGAUUCAGUCUCUGUUUAUUCAGUGCUAUCUGGACAAGCGAUAGUAAAAUAUAAAUGCCCUACUUAUCAUUACAUAAAGCUUUGCGGUUGGUGCUGCACUCUAAGCCUUUUUACCUCCCUCUGAGAAGGAAUUUUCUGCUGUGCAAAGCAGUUAGUCCUUGCUGGAUUCUGCCCCUUUGAAACACAAUAACAGAAACCCCAGCCAAUGUGGUUAGAGGGGAAAAUACAGUGUCUUUGAGGUAAUAACUGGUCAGAAAGUUUGUUCUCUCUCUCUGGUUGGCGUUUAGCUGUAACUGUACGUUUGGAGCCUGCCCAGGGGCCAGGCUGUUGGCAGAGCAGACAGAGACAGGCAGUGUUAUGCAGUAGGUCACAUUCCCAUGCUGUGUUAUGCAGUAGGUCACGUUCCCAUGCUGUGUUAUGCAGUAGGUCACGUUCCCAUGCUGUUAUUCUUUCUGGACUGUACAUGGCCAGAGAGCUCAGCAGAAAAAUGGCCUCAACUACUAACCCUUCCAGACCCUGUGCCCUAAUGCUUUGACACAACACUGUAGGGACUGGGAGAGUUGGUGGAGGCUUCAGAUUCAGUUGAAACCUGUAUUAAUCAUCCGCUAGAAACCACUGGGAAUGUUUAAGGUUUUAGUGAAUUGUUGAGGUUGUUUUGCAAGGAGUACGUGGUUCAGCAUAGCCUACUGAAGCAAAUUCUUAAACAAUUCUAUUACUUGUCUCAGCAUUUGCAUGUUUAAAAGGCAUGUGUUUCUCACUCAUCCACUUCUAUUUCCAGGGGAUCUGUCCUUAAAGAAAGUGACUGGGAGCAGCGUGAUAGAUUUCAACAGCACUGAGAAGUGCCCAGGCAGUAGCGGUACUAAUGUCCAGAGCAGCAUCAGUUUCCAGUGUGGGAAGACUAUGGUAAGUCACAAGUAGCACCUGUCAUUACAAAGGAAGAGUAGUCAUGGGACAUAUAUGUAUUGAAAGCUGCUUAUGAAUUUCCUGUCAAACCACACUUGUGGGUUUUAGUUUGAGAAUAAUUUCAUCACAAAGCGUUGUUCUUUGUCAAUCCGAUGGUGUAAUGAAACUGCAACCACUGUGGUGGUUUCUUUAUUUGAAAAUGUUAAGUUCUAUUGAGAAACAUUUAUAUUAAAUAUCAUACAGUGCCCUCCUAUCCUUAUAAAAAACAAUACCAGGCCUGCUUGUUGAUAAGUGUGACCAUGUGAUUGCAGUAUUGAGAGACCAUGGGUGGAACAGUAGCUUUGCAGCUGAACAAACACAGUAAUCAUGCUGCUAGUCCAGUUCCUCUAGUAGUGACUUCCUUGUAGGCCAUCACACCCACUUCUACUGUUGCAGUUAUGAGACAAAGCAAACUGUCAGGUCAAACAGUAUGUCAUAUGUCAACUUGAACUAUAUUUUUUAUCUUACCCCCAGGGAACACCAGAGUUUGUCACUGUGGCCCAGUGUGUUCAUUAUUUUGAAUGGAGAACAUAUGCAGCCUGCAAAAAGGAUAAAUACAAGCCCAAUAAAGAGGUAUGUCUGAAUAGUGGUCUGCAGCUGUCAGGGCAGGACGUGUGUAUGUCACCCAUUUGUGGUGUGUGUGAGUCAGUGACAGUGUGUAAGGCUGCGUUGGUCCCACUGUGUGAGUCUGUGAGGUGAGUCUGUGACGAGCACAUUCACACUGUGGAAAAUCACGAGUUCUCAGAAAGUCACUUGAUGCCUCUUGUUCAAAGGGGAAAAAAAUGAAUAGUCAUUCCAAUAUUAAACUGAGUAAACAAAACAUUAAGAACACCUGCUCUUUCCAUGACAUCCCUUAUUGAUGUCACUUGUUAAAUCCACUAAAAAUCAGUAUAGAUGAAGGGGAGGAGACAGGUUAAAGAAGGAUCUUUAAGCCUUGAGACAAUUGAGGAUUGUGUAUGUGUGCCAUUCAGAAGGUGAAUGGACAAGACAAAAUAUUUAAGUGCCUUUGAACGGAGUAUGGUAGUAGUUGCCAGGCGCACUGGUUUGUGUAAAGAACUGCAACACUGCUGGGUUUUUCAUGCUCAACAGUUUCCUGUGUGUAACAAGUAUGGUCCAACACCCAAAGGACAUCCAGCCAACUUGACACAACUGUGGGAAGCAUUGGAGUCAACAUGGGCCAGCAUCCCUAGGGCGGCAGGUAGCCUAGCGUUGGGCCAGUAACCGAAUGGUCGCUGGUUCGAAUCCCCGAGCCGACUAGGUGAAAAAUCUGUCAAUGCACUUAACCCUAAUUGCUCCAGUAAGUUGCUCUGAAUAUGGGUGUCUGCUAAAUGACUAAAAUGUAAAUGAAUGCUUUCGCACCCUGUAGAGUCCAUGCCCCGACGAAUUGAGGCUGUUCUGAGGGCAUAAGGGGGGGUUCAACUCAAUAUUAGGAAGGUGUUCCUAAUGUUUGGUAUACUUGGUAUAUAUUAAAUUUCUGUUACAGUAGGUACCAGUCCAGAACAAACUGAAAAUAGAAGACGAUCAAUCCUGUCAUGUUGUAAUUCUUUACUCUUUCACUCUGUGUCUAGGUCCCCUGCUAUGUCUUUGACACGGAUGGGAAAAAGCAUGACCUGAACCCACUCAUCAAACUCACAGAUGGUUACCUGGUGGAUGACUCUGAUGAUGAAGUUGACUUUUAUAUUAACAUAUGCAGAAGCUUAAGUGAGUUUAUUUACUGUGCUCAAUUGUUCAGUGAUACUGUUUUUAGACCUGCCUGUUACUAUUCUGUGAAUAAUACGGUAUAAAAAUGUACAUCAUGAAUCUACAUCACUGUUCAUUAGCAUAUACAGUACCAGUCAAAGGUUUUGACCUACUCAUUCAAGGGUUUUUCUUUAUGUUUACUAUUUUCUACAUUGUAGAAUAAUAGUGAAGACAUCAAAACUGAAAUAACACAUAUGGAAUCAUGUAGUAACCAAAAAAGUAUUAAACAAGUCAAAAUAUAUUUUAUAUUUGAAAUUCUUCAAAGUAGCCACCCUUUGCCUUGAUGACAGCUUUGCACACUCUUGGCAUUCUCUCAACCAGCUUCAUGAGGGUGGCUAAAUGACUCGGGGAUUCGAACCAGCAACCUUUUCGGUUACUGGCCGAACACUCUUAAUCCCUAGGCUAACUCAUAUCACCUCUGCCUCCUCUACAGACCGACCAGAGAGCCCCUGCACCGCAGGCUCUGCUGCCUGCCUGACCACCAGCAACGGCUCCUUCAGCAUGGGCCUACCAACUACCCAGCUGGAGCUGAUCUCCAAGGACCGGUACAGCCACGCUAAUGCCAUACAAAAACACAGGCAAUGCUAAUUGCUAGCUAGCAGUCUCUGUCUCUAGUCUGCCUCAGUCUUAGUAAUUGCUGCAAGACCUUUGUUUUGACCUCUUGGCUAUUGACCAGCUCCAGAGCUGCGUUGCCUUGCUGAGUUGCAGAUUUCUCUCUCUUUCUUACCGUGUCAGAUUGAGCCUGCGAUACGAGGGAGCCUCAGACAGCCCGCUGGACUUCUGCAGUGGCCACAAUCCUGCUGUCACCAUCACCUUCAUCUGCCCCUCACUUAGGCAGGAGGUAAGACGGAAGCCUGGGCGUCUGUCCCAUGGAUCUCCAAUUGAUCACAUAAUUAAUCAUACUACAGAAAGUGUUAAUACAUAGAAUAGUGGUAUUUCAUAUAAUACUACAUUUAAACACUGGAUUAAACGACAAGAUCUCCCUUAGGCAGUUAAGAUGUAAUUUUAGUCAUGUGUGACCUUUGACCUUGCCAUUACAGGGUAGUGACCCCAAGAUGACAGCGAAGUCCAACUGCAGGUACGAGGUAGAGUGGGUGACAGAGUAUGCCUGCCACAGAGACUACCUGGAGAGCCACAACUGCACCCUGACCAGCAAGCAGCACGACAUCAGCAUAGACCUCACCCACCUCACCCUAGGCCGUGAGUCCACCAGCCCAGAGCAUUGUGGGCUUUGAGAAACAUUGCAUAUUUUUUGUGUAAUAAAAGGAAGUGAUGCUAUGAAUAAUCAUAUGACUGUCCCAAUUCUCACUGACUCAGGCUAAUUUUUAUUCACAGUUUAAGCUACUUCCUCUAACGGUGAAUGACGUGUUGAAAUAUAUCACUGCGUCACGUUCUGUCUGUGUAGCUACAGACGAUCCCUAUAUGGCUGAGGCCAAGAGCAGCGAUGGGAAGGACAGCUAUUCCUACUACCUGAAUGUGUGUGGGGAAACCAAGGCAGGAGAUUGUGGUGACGACCAGCACUAUGUGUCAGCCUGCCAAGUCAAAGCAACAGGAGAUGUCAAAAAGAUUGCCGGGAGAUACAAAAAUCAAACACUAAGGUUUCUUAAAUAUUAAUAAACUCCUUUUCUUGCCAGAUGUCUUCCGCUUUCUCCAUCUCAGCUUCUCUCUUUCUUUUCCCCUUAUUUGUAACAGUUGUCCCUUUUUAUUGCACUCUAUUCCAGGUACUCUGAUGGAGAUCUGACUCUGAUCUAUCCAGAUGGGAGCAGGUGUAGCUCGGGCUUUCAGCGCAUGACCAUCAUCAACUUUGAGUGCAACAAACUGGCAGGUGAGCAUAACCCAUAGCAUAUCCGAAGAGAAAGCAAGGCCCUUUUAAAUGAACAAUGGUUUCUGCUGUAGAGGCCACUCCACAAUGACAGAUCCAAGUCAUGUCCAUUACAUUCCCCCUUAUUCCUUAUUUGUGUGUUUCUCAGGAAACGGUGGCCGCGGCUCGCCUGUGUUUGCUGGUGAGACAGACUGCACCUAUUACUUUGACUGGCAGACGGCUUACGCCUGUGUCAAGGAGACGGAGGAUCUACUCUGCAUGGUCACAGACAAGAAGACUAUGCACUAUAAGCAUUAUGACCUGUCCCCCUUAACACGUUACCCUGGUAAGAUGGAGUCCUGGAUCAUCUCCAUUUACAGAGAGCUUGAACACUGCGUUCACCUUACAUCCCAGUUUAAUGAUCAGCAUGUAUGAAUGUAAAUGACCAGCCCCUUGACUUCUAAUUUUAUACUUUAAGUGAAAGUGAACAGAAAGAUGAGUAUGAGCCCUAUUACAUUUAAAUACACAUUUAAGGCCUCCCGAGUGGAGCAGCAGUCUAAGGCACUGCAUCGCAGUGCUUGAGGCAUCACUACAGACCCAGGUUCGAUCCUAGGCUGUGUCACAACCGGCUGUGACCGGGCAUCCCAUAGGGCGGUGCACAAUUGGCCAAGCGUCGUCUGUGUUAGGGGUUUGGCCGGGGGGGCUUUACUUGGCUCAUCGCGCUCUAGCGACUCCUUGUGGCGGGCCUGGCGCCUGCAGGCUGACUUCAGUCGUCAGUUGGACGGUGUUUCCUCCGACUCAUUGGUGCGGCUGGCUUCCGGGUUAAGCGGACGGGUGUUAAGAAGCGUGGUUUGGCGGGUCAUGUUUCGGAGGACGCAUGACUCGACCUUCGCCUCUCCCGAGCCCAUUGGGGAGCUGCAGCGAUGAGACAAGAUCGCAAUUGGAUAUUAUGAAAUUGGGGAGAAAAGGGGGGUAAAAUACAAAAUUAUAUAAAUAAAUAAAUAUACAUUUAAAUAUACUGUACACUGAGUAUACCAAACAUUAGGAACACCUUCCUAAUAUUGAGUGGCACCCACCACAACCACCCUUAGAACAGCCUCAAUUCAUCGGGAUAUGGACUCUGAGAAGUGUCGAAAGCGUUCCACAGGGAUGCUGGCCCAUGUUGACUCCAAUGCUUCCCACAGUUGGCAAGUUGGCUGGAUGUCCUUUUGGUGGUGGAACAUUCUUGAGAAACACGGGAAACUGUUGAGCGUGAAAAACCCAGCAGCGUUGCAGUUGUUGACACAAACCGGUGCGCCUGGCACCUACUACCCAUACCUCGUUCAAAGGCACUUAAAUCUUUUGUCUUGUCCAUUCACCCUCUGAAUGGCACACAUACACAAUCCAUGUCUCAAUUGUCUCGAGGCUUAAAAAUCCUUCUUUAACCUGUCUCCUCCCCUUCAUCUACACUGAUUGAAGUGGAUUUAUCAAGUGACAUCAAUAAGGGAUCAUAGCUUUCACCUGGAUUCACCUGGUCAGUCUGUCAUGGAAAGAGCAGGUGUUCUUAAUGUUUUGUAUAGUCAGUGUAUAUGCUGAACCACAUAACUUGUCUUGGUGUUAUCUGUGCCUUUCAGAGUCUGAGUUGGCCCAGAACUGGGAGGCUGUGGAUGCCAAUGCCCCCAAGUCAGACAGGAUGCGCUUCUACGUCAAUGUGUGUCACAAAGUCCUCCAGCAGGGGGCCACCAGCACCUGUCCCGAGGACGCUGCCAUCUGCGCCGUGGGUACGUCUGGAGAAGAUCUGGGUCUGUCUUCAUAAAUCGUCUCGGAGUAGGAGUGCUGAUCUAGGAUCAGGUCCCCCAUAUCCAUGCAAUCUCAUUCAUUAUGAUCUAAAAGGCAAACCUGAGCCUAGACCUACUCUGAGACGCUUUCUGAAUACAGGCCCUGAUUCUUAUCUGUACACGGACAGCAUACUGUCAAAUCUGAGAGACCAAGAUGGCUUACAGUUUGUAGCUUGUUUGUUGCCUUAAAAAAUAUGUAUUCCAUCCUCUCUUUUAGGAAAGGACAAAGUCAUCAGCUUGGGCAAAUUUCUCACCUCCCCUAACAAGACCGACAGCAACGACAUACAGCUGGUAUACACUGAGGGAGGAGAAUGCAGGAAGAACAUGAAGAUCAAGACCAUCAUGAUUCUGAAGUGCAAGCCAGGUGACAGUGUUAGAAAUAGUUAGUUGCGGAGUCCAAGGUGAACAACUGUUUGCCUGAAAGUAGUGUUGCACUGUAUACUGAAACUCUUUUUUUCAUUUGAUCUAAUAGAACAUGAAAAACGGUUCGGUACUAGAAUUUUUGUUACUUUCGGUACUUCUGUCAAAUGUGUCUCACGUCGUCUACUGAUUGAGAGAGGAUCAAGUCUGUAUCAGUGCUGCCGAUGUCCCCUUAUAACAUGAGAGCACCAUGCCUGCUCCACUUAGUCAUUGCUAGAUCUAGGCUAAAACCCUUUCCAAUGUAGGCUAGGCAGCCGAUAGUGGGCGUUAGAUCUGCACUAUCGUCUUGGAUUGAUGUGCCCAGCCGGUAAUACACUUGUGGACCAGCUCGUACAUAAAGCAUCCUCCAUUCAGGCUGCAAAGGCAUCAUUUUCUUCCUUAACUAGGUUUAAUGUCGGGCCGUCCCCCCCCCCAAAAAAAUGAAAAAUACAUGUACUGUCUUAAUAAAACAGUUUUCCACCACCAUUUCCGGACACGGUGUGCAACAUCCUAAGUCAUCCGAAAACCCGAAAAUGGUGGUGGAAAAUUAAGACAGUAUACAUAUCUUUCCAUUUUUUAAAAUGUUUUACGUCCCGCCAUUAAAGCUAGUUAAGGAGGAAAGUGAUGCCUUUGCCAUAAUGCAAAAUAUUGCUGAUUGUCACCAGAACAUUAUUUAUUCACUUAGUCUCUCCCAGUCAAGAUUGUCUGUGUGGAACCUCGAAAUGACUGUGUUUCAAUGACUGUGUGAAUGAUGUCAUGGGUCUUAAAGAGACAGUGCGCACUUUUAUAAAAGAAGAGAUUGCUUCUUCUAUGCAAAUGUUGUUGGUCAGUACAAUAAUGUAAGUCCCAGCUGGAAUGGAAAGAGAUUGUUUUUCAUCUGUCCAAAUAACUCAAUGCAUGCCCACACUCCUAUUGAAUAUGCAUUUACCUGUAUUGUGAAUAGGCCUAUAGGCUACAGCUUGAUUUACCAUUCAAAUAAAUAAUUAUGUAGUUAGAUUGUAUUUUUUUACCAAAGUCAAAUUUAUUGUAUGAUUUUGUAUAAUUGAUUCAUUAAUGCAUACAUUCAGAAAUCCAAAAUCUCUAAUGAAAUUGAACUCAAAAUAUCUUUCUGGAACAAGUGUCAUUCUGUGACUAUGGCUAAUACGCCUUCUUUUCUGCUGUGGUAUUGUUUUGGGAUCUGGUAUCGUGAUACUAAACCUGGUACCGAAGUCAACAUUUUGGUAUCGUGACAAGACUACCUGAAAGUGGAGCUAGCUAGCAUUCAGUUCUACCUUCAUGUUGUCUUUAAAGUCUACCUGUUCAACUCCUCCUGACUUUCUGUGUGUGCGCCCCUCUCUCCCCCUGUCCUUCUACCCAGGUGACCUAGAGAGCGCCCCCAUCAUGCGGAGUGUGUCCAGUGAUGGCUGUGUGUAUGAGUUUGAGUGGUACACGGCUGCAGCCUGCGUCAUGUCCAGGACAGAGGGGGACAACUGCAAGGUGGAAGACCCCCAAGCUGGUAGGUCACAUGGACCCACUGGACCCAGAUGCCUAACAGCAAUUUGUGUCCACCUGUCCAGAACUUUAAUAUUGUUUCAUAUGGAGGCAGGGAGACAAGGACAGGAGGUUUAGAUUAUGGAGAUGUAAUAUGGCUGUUUGAUGCGUUACUAUAAUUGUUUCUCUUUUGUCUUCUCUCUACAGGGUUCUCAUUUGACCUGUCCCCCCUGUCUAAACCUGGAGGAGGCUUCUACAACAUGUCCAAUGGAGAUUAUGACUACUUCAUUAACGUCUGUGGCUCUGUCACUGCAGCCAAAUGCCCUCUGAAGGCUGGGGCCUGCCAAGUGGACCAAAGGCAUGUAUUAACCAUUUAAAUCAUGUCAUACUAAAUCCCUGUGGAUAUACAAUAGGUGGAAGUGCCCUAUUACAGUAGUAGGAAAAUAGGAUCAAGCUUAUAUCUGGGCUUCAUACAUGUGCUUUAGAGUUCAGACUGAGGUUAGAGGAGGACUGAAUGGACUGACCGUUUUAGUCUGAAGUAAUGGAUGGAUAUACUGUAGCUUCUGUUCUUAUGUUUGGUGUGUCUGUCUGCUACAGUGGCUCUAAUUCAUGGAGCCUGGGGGAAUUUACCUCUCAACUGUCCUACUAUGACGGGAUGAUCAAGCUGUCCUACAAUAACGGCUCUCAGUACAACAACAUGCAGCACACCCUUCGCUCCACUAUGAUCUCCUUCCUCUGUGACCGAGAGGCCGGCGCCGGCAAGCCAGAGUUUCAGGUACUGACUGGGUCCUGUCCUGUCCUGCUGACAGAUCUCAUCCAAUCUCUAAUAAGUAGUUCCUCAUAUGGUUCACCUAUGCACUGUUCCACCUGUAUAAUAUUUAUACCAUGAAUAUACCAUUAUUUAUAACCAUAUUGAUCCUCACAGCUGGAAGACAAGUACACCUAUAACUUCAGGUGGUAUACGUCCUACGCCUGUCCAGAGAGGCCACAGGAGUGUGUGGUAACAGACCCCAACACUCUGGACCAGUACGACCUCUCCAGGUGAGAAUUCCCUGCACAAGGAUAUGUUAUGACUAGGGCCCAGAGUUUUCCCAGACCACAAAGCUUACUUUGUCCUGGUCAGGUCAUGGAAUCAGGAAAAACUCUGUCCUAGUUAUGUCCAAUGAAGGCAGACAUGAAACAAUAUUUGAAGAAUGUGUGUAACCCUCCUCUCUCCCAGUCUCUCCCGGUCUAGUGGAGGGAGGAACUGGCAGGCCAUGGACCUGUCUGACCCUAACAACCUGAGGAAGUACUACAUCAACGUGUGUCGUCCUCUGAAUGCCGUGCAGGGCUGUGACCGCCAGGCCUCCGUCUGCCAGAUGAAAUACGAGCCUCAGCAGGUUAGUGUAAAAGCUCCAGGAUGACCUACAGGAUGAGGUUUACACACUAUGAUGUGUGUUAUACACUGUUUUGGUCAUGGAACUUGUACUUCAGUUUCUUUAUAUCACCAGAGUACAGUAUCUAACCAAUGGCAUUAUCAGGAAAACAGCGCAUUAAACAGCAUUAAAAAGUUGAGAGACUAUUCCUCAAAAAUUAUAUAUAUAUUUAUUUUGUUAUUUAUAUACAUUUAAGGUAAGACUGUUAGUAUCCCUCUUCUGGUUCUGGUAGCCAUCCGCUGUGGGUCUGUCUUAGUACUGAACUGUAGCUCGACGUGACCCUGGUCUUUCUCUGUGUGUUGUCUUCAGGGCAUUCUGUCUGAAACGGUGUCUGUCAGUAACAUGGGCCUGGCUAAGAGAGGUCCAGUGAUCGAAGAGAAGGACCGCCUGCUGCUGGAGUACACAGACGGCUCCGAGUGCAUCUCCGAUGGACUGAAACUCACCUACACUACACACAUCCACCUGGUCUGCUCCAGAGGACCUGUGGUAAGUGAAAUGGCAUAUUUAUAAAGCAAUGUCAAAAAAAUGUAUAUCAUAAAGUCUGUCUAGGAUUUUAAGAGUGAGAUGUGCCUUUCUUUGUCUGUAUCUGCAGUCGUCCGGCCCUCGUUUCCUCAAUUAUGGAAACUGUACGGCCAACUUCAUGUGGGAGACCGGGGCAGCUUGUGCCAUCAGUACUGCUGAUGAGAAGAACAAGGUGAGCUGUUGGAUUCCACAUCAACUUGAAGCAAAUGUUUGCCCAUAAAGUCUUUAGAUCUUCUGUUAGAUUGGGGAGGUCUCGUCAAUGAUUUUUUAAAUGUUUUGUUCUAUUCUAUGGCAGACCUGCUCUGUGAGGGAUCCCAACACCGGCUUUGAGUUCAAUCUGCAUCCUCUGUCCUCUAAGACUGGCUACAAGGCUGAGGGGAAUGGGAAAACUUUUGUGGUAAGUCACUAGGGAUGUUCAUCUGUCCCUUUCAAGAUGAUUCGAUACGUAUCUAGAUGCAUAUGCUCAGAUACGAUACAGGAACGAUACGUUUUAGUUUGAAACUAUUCGGUAUGAUUAGAAGAACAAAUCAAUGCGAUACGAUUCGAUGCACUAACAUUUGUUGCAUAAACACAUUCAUUUUCCAUUCUGCUGGAGCUCUUUGAGCUGACUGUGUGUGUGGUUAUGAUGAAACUGGGCAUCUAUCACCACGCUAUCAGAUAAGGGGGGCAAUGUUUGCUUUUUGUCCCCCCACUUUUCAUCUGAAAUCACCAUUACCCACUAAUUAAUUUGUAUUUUUUGCAGUUCCAAAGGGUUUGAGUUCGUAAUGUAUAAAUAUUGAUCUUAAAAAAUUAGCUAUUACAUAGCACAACUUUGGAUUUCACCCCCGUUUCAAAAUCGAAUGGCAGACCGUUUGGAAGUGUUCUUUUCCUCCCGCUUUGACUGUGCACUACGUGUAGAAAAAGUGAUUGUUGGCCUCGUUAUGAAAUUAUCAACUUUACCCUGUAUGUCUAAAAAUGACCAUAUACACUGAUUGUUUAAAGCAAAAAUACCAAAACUAUUGCUGAUGGUGAACCUGAAAAUUCUAUAUAAAAUCUAAUUUAGCCUAAGCCCCGAUCAGCAAGUAGCCUACAGUAUAUAGCCACGAGUCGAUCAGCAGGUAGGCCACCUGUCCAACUCAUUCCACGGAGGGCCGAGUCUGGAUUUUCACUCCUCCCUUGUCCUUGAUUGAUUAAUUAAGGUCACUAAUUAGUAAGGAACUCCCCACACCUGGUUGUCUUUAAUUGAAAGGAAAAACCAAAAACUUGCAGACACUAGGCCCUCCAUGGAAAAAGUUUGACACCCCUGAGGUAGGCUAUAUAGCCAGAUGAGUCCUGUCUCAGGUGCUUGCUUAGGCUACUUUAUUCUGGUAAAACACAAUUUUAAACAGCACAUUUGAUAACAAUAACCUAGCAAAUUACAUUGGUUAUCACUCAACUAAUAAAGCCUAAAAUUGCACAAGCCAUUUUACAAACAUUUGAAUGCUGAAGGUGACGCGCGGCCUACCUAUCAUUGGUCAGGUUUUCGGGAAGGUAGAAGGAAAGUAAUAUGAGCAAAACAUUUUAGGGAACCGGCAAUUUGUAACGUUUCAAUCGAUUUUCUGACUGAUGCAUGCUACAUUUGGAUUGGUUUGGGGUCCGUGGAAACAUUUGAACCAGGGAUCGAUGCAUAUCCAAGCAGUUUUAGUUAUGUUUCAUUCUAACUUCUCCACACGGUGGCAGGUUGUAGUCUCUGGCCUGCAUAGCAGAAAUGGCACAUUCACGGAAAUGUUGACUAAUGUGCAUCGUCCCUGUCAAAUAAAGUAAACUAAAGUGAAUCCAUUUCCCCAGGUUCAUGAGUUGACUUCUGCAGUGAAAUGUACACAUACACAUUGUUUGUGUAGUAGUGUUUUUGGGCACUGUGCCUGACUAUAUGACACUGUCCUCCCCCCAGGUAAAUAUCUGCGACGAGGUGGCAGAGUGUGGGAAGGACCAGGGGAAGCCUGUAGCUGGCUGUGAGCUGGACAAUGGCCUGGUUGUUGGUCCUGUAGGAGUGGAGAGAUCGCUACAGUACUCUACUGACGGCCUGCUCACACUCACAUACAAAGGAGACCUGGACAGGCCUACAGGUACAGUCAAUGGACCCAGCUAUCUUCAAUCAACACGGCUGCUCCCUUCGACAUAAAUGCAUGAUUUGCACAAAAAUCGUACACACAGUCUUAUAUAAAAGAGUUGCACAUUACAGAUCGCCAGUUAGGAUACUAUGACAAUAAUAGCAUGGCUGCCUAAGAAAUUGAAUCCACAUUAUUUUGGAUGCUAUAGCCUUCGUUUCUCAAACAUUCUUUGACUUAAAGAGAUUUUCCAGAAGUUUAGUAUGAUUUCCGUCAGUAGUUUUGAAAGUAGUGCUCGUGAGCCAAAACUGCCAAAAUUGUGUACAAUUGUGUACGUCGUCAUCACGUCAUUGUUCUCGAGCCUCUGUAACGUGUGCGCAUAGAGAGUAAAAAAUAAAUAAAAAAUGGUGUGCAUGUUGGGCUCACCCUGCAACCUCAUUGGACAAUACUGGGCUGACCUGAUCCCUCCCACUUUAACCUUGUAACCUCAUUGGACAUAAUUCCACCUGCCAAUCAACAUUGUCCAUCACGUUUGGGAUCGGGAUCACACGCCUGGUAAAAACCUUAUAACCUGUUGUGCAAUAUAUUCCAAAAUUAAGUGUACAGUCUUUUUGAUCGGGUUGACAGUUAUCUUCUAAAUGCAUGGAUAUGAUCUAUGUAUUUUGGCUGUUAUCAAAAUAACUAAUUGUGAACGCAUGUAGCCACUCAUCCCACUCGCUUCAGAGCGUACGUUCACUACAUGACAGGAACGAGCACGUAAAUUAGAUCUCAGGCACCAAGUGAUGGCAGGUUUGAAUGUAAGGAUUCUGUGCCUUUUUCCGCUGGGAGAGGACUGUAGGUCGUUUAUUUUGCAUGUAUGAGCCAUACAUUGACACGUUGAGUCCAAAACGAGAUGUUUAAAAAAUAACAUAGUUUUCAAUCCUCUGGAAAAUCCCUUUUUAAUAAGUCAGUUCAUAAGCAUUUGGUCUGAUAACUGACCUGAUUCCUCCCUUCUCCCCCAGGCACCAGGAACACCUUCACCAUUAGUUUUGUGUGUGACCAGGAUGCCCACUCUGGCACUCUGAAACUGGUCCGAGAAGAGCUCAGCUCAUCUACACACGUCACCCAUGAUGUCCUCUUUGAGUUCUCCACAGCACUGGCAUGCAUCCCUGCCCCUGUGGACUGUCAAAUCACUGGUAGGAACACUGUCAAUGUCUUCAAAACAGUAUGGAUGUCUUCAGUACGUCUCUAACGUGGCAUAUAUCACUUUAUCCACCUUAAAAAACUGGUCAUAGAAAUGGGUCUCUUCAUUAAUUAAAAUACAUAGUUUUUCCUUCUCUUUUUAGAUUCCCAUGGUAACGAGUAUGACCUGAGUCACCUGAGCAGGGACAGUGAAGACAGUCCCUGGGUGGCCAUCGACACGGCUGAACAGGCUAAGAAACGUAGCUUCUUCAUCAACGUGUGUAAACCUCUUCCUCCGGUCCAGGGCUGCCCCGGUGAGUCACACACCAUGAGCCUAUGUUGAUAUGCUGGCCAGUGAGGUGGAAUACCUCUGUGUUGUACCAUCAGUUUAGCAUUACUCUGCCAAUGUUUAGCUUUGUGUUUUAACUACUGUACAUGCAUCUAUGUAUGCAUCUGCAGUUGGUCUCUUGGGUGCGUGUGGCACCUUGGAGGGUAAAGGUGUGAACCUGGGCUACGUCCAGUCCAGCCCACAGGUGGCCUCUGACGGCUCCAUCAGCAUUGUCUACCUCAACGGGGACCGCUGUGACAAAGGCCACUACUCCACACGUAUCAUCUUCCAGUGUGACGCCAACCCUGUGAGUAACAUAAUGAAAUUUUACUUAUUGAUGAUACUGAUCCUAUUACCAUAUAUUUUCCCUCCUAAUACCUAUAUUUUUCUUGGUUGGUUCCUUUACUAACAGGGCUCUCCUGUAUUUGACCGCCAAGACGGCUGUGAAUAUGUGUUCGUCUGGAGAACCUCCGAGGCGUGUCCUCUCACCAGUGCUCAAGGUAGGCUUGAAAGAGGAGGCUGCCAUGUUUAAUGUUGUGGCUGUAAGACUGUUACUUCUCUCCACUAGUGUCAUCAUCAUGCUCAAGUUAACUCUCCUCUCCCUGACUCCUGCAGGUGAAAACUGUAAAGUCAAGGACCCCAGAAGUGGCUACAUGUUUGACAUGAGCUCCCUGUCAGGGAAGGACUACAUGGUGAAGAGUGGCCAGUACCAGUACCACUUCUCUGUCUGCGGGGGGCUUCAGAGCGGGAUCUGCACACAUAAAGACCCAGGAAGUAACCAGGUGUCAGCCUGUCAGGUGGAAGGCAGCACCCACAGAAUUGCCGGUAUGUAAACAUGGUAAUAUACUUGGUCUUUAAAAAGCUUUGAUUUUAGUUUGUUAGUAACUGAUCAAAAACCUCAGGCAUGUUGCUUUUUAAAUCAUUUAUUACAGGGAUGGCCUCACAGACUCUGAGCUAUGUUGGAGAACAACUGGUACUCAACUACACUGGUGGGGAGACCUGCCACAAGAUCUACCAGAGAUCCACAGCAAUCUACUUCUCCUGUCAUCCUAAAAUGAACCCUGUGAGUCUGAGCGAAGCUAAAGAUGAAACGUCUAAUGCAACUUUUCUGCUUGUCCCAAAGUGUGCUUGAGUGUGGUAGAUACUGGGGUUGUUUUGUGUUGUUUCUGCUUAUAGGGGGUGCCAGAAUUUAUCAAGGAGACUGCAGAGUGCACCUACCUCUUUACCUGGCGUACUGCUCUCGCCUGUAUCCCCGUCAAAACUACCAGCUGCUCAUACCAGUACGCAUAGUCAUAUUCUAUUCUGGGAGCUCUCUUCCCACCACAACCUCCUCUUUCUCCCAGACAAUGACUGGUUUCUUCUUUUGUCUGUUAUCUCUCUGACUGCCUUUUAUUCUUCCUCUCACAGAGAUUCUAAUGGCAACUCGUACGACCUCUCCUCUCUGGCCCUGGACUCCAGAAACUGGGUGGUGGAGCCCAGCACUGGGAAGCAGGAGCGUUACUACAUCAAUGUCUGCAAGUCUCUGGUGCAACAGGGGGGUAAGUGCCUAUCUCCGACACCACAAUCCUUUAUAUGAAGGACACUGGUGGCUCCUAUAUCCUUUUUAUUUCCCAAUUGUGUGAACAAAUAUCAACAUUCUCAUAGUCUUCAGUCACAAUUUGAAUGUGGUGCAAUUAUGCUCACCUUCUGAACCAUUGGAUAUAUAUUUCUUUCCUCAUGUUGUAGGCUCCUGGAAGUGUCCUUCCAACGCAGCGUCCUGUCUGAAGAGUGGGGAGCACUAUGUGAGUCUGGGAGAGGCCGAGUCUGCCCCACAGUGGGACCAGAACAUCCUGGUACUCAAGUACACCAAUGGAGAGAUGUGUCCCGGUGGACAGAGGAAGAAGAGUACCAUCAUACGCUUCAAAUGUGACCGGGACAAAGUGGUAAGGGAUCAUAGACAUAACACACACAUGCAGAUACACACACAGAUACGCAUACACACAAAUAUGCAAACUCACAGAUAUGCACACACACAGUUGGUAGAGCAUGGCGCUUGCAACGCCAAGGUUGUGGGUUCGAUUCCCAUGGGGGACCAGUAUGAAAAUGUAUGCACUCACUACUGUAAGUCGCUCUGGAUAAGAGCGUCUGCUAAAUGACCAAAAUGUAAAAUGUAACUGAGUAGACUGACUGUGUUUCUACCCCAGGAUUCAAGGCCAACCCUGAUCACGGCCAUAGAGGACUGUGUCUACACCUUUGUGUGGUUCACUGCAGCUGCCUGCCCCCUCAACAGCAGCCAGCAUGGCGACUGCAGAGUCACCAAUCCAGUCACUGGUGAGUGCCACUCCCACACACAGCCACUGAAAACUGAAAGGCCGCUGCCUGCACUAGACCAUAUAAAAAAAUCUGAGGAAGUAUUUGAAGUUAGUAUGAUUAACAUGGAAAAAUACCACCAUUCUCAUAGAAUCCCGGUGCAGUAGUCAAGCACACAACCGCACAGAGUUACUGAGCAACUCCUAGUGCUAUUGUUUUUUUUUUUGACACGUGUAUGUGCUGUAUUGCCCUCCUGAACCCAGGCCACCUCUUUGACCUGAACGGACUAAGGCAGGAGGGAGGCUACACUGUGUACGACAACCUGGACCCUAGGAAGAUGUUCAGGCUCAACGUGUGUGGGGAAGUGGCCAACGCAGGCUGUGGACCAGACACAGGUACGACCAUAUUCUAUCUCACAAGCUCUGGUUUGGUUGGGAAAGCUCUUUUUAUACUGGUCAAAGCCAGAUCCUCUCAGGAAUCAAUUAACAGGCCUGCCAAUGUCUGCCAUCCAGCAGUGAUCGGCUUACUGAUCCAUGGACCAGACAGGGGUCCCAAGACGACUGUUUCAAAAUGAAGCAGACUCUUCUAGACGAUGUUUGUUUAUUCAGCUGUAUUAUGUUAUAGGUCUGUGGCUCUGCUUUAAACUCAGGACUGUGAGGCUGGUUCUCCAAUGUUACCUUACUGGGAAAAGAGAACUAGAUGUUCAAAGACAAUCAAACAUUCACACGCAUUCACAUGAGACAUUUUGAAACAAAAAAGCAAACAAAAAAUCUUAAUCCCCGGGGCCUCCCGAGUGGUGCAUCGGUCUAAGGCACUGCAUCACAGUGCUAGAGGCGUCACUACAGACCCGGGUUUGAUCCCGGGCUGUAUCACAACCGGACGUGAUCGGGAGUCCCAUAGGGCGGCAGGUCAUGUUUUGGAGGAAGCAUGACUCGACCUUCGCCUCCCGAACCCGUUGGGGAGUUGCAGCGAUGAGACAAGAUCGAAAGUGGGGAGAAAAAAAAAAACGGAAUAUUUGGCUUUCCGAAAUUGAGCACUUCGACUUGAGUUUGAUCAACGUAGACAGUCCGUUCAGUUGCUUAUGGUCAUUUUGGUGUGUGUGUGUGUGUGUGUGAAGGUGCAGGUGUGUGUAUCAAGGAGACCAAGAGUGCGCUGAGUGGCGGGCGGGCCAGCAGGAAGCUGUCAUACCUGGACCAGGUGGUGGAACUGGUCUAUGAGGGCGGGGCUGUGUGUGCGGCCAACCCCGCCAUCACACACAAAAGCAUCAUCAGCUUUGUGUGCAAGGCCCAUGGAGAGGCCAGCACGGGGCCGGUACUGGUGGACUCGGACAAGAACACGUGCACACACUUCUUCUCCUGGCACACGCCCCUGGUUUGCGAACAGCAGGUAAUUACAGGUGGUGUUUCCCAAUUCCAAAACAACCCGUAGCCUCCUAACCCCUAGACUGAGUAUAACUGAAAGGAUUGGAUAGAUGUAAGCAAUAUGGCAAUUUGCAUUACCUAGCCCCUGAUAUGAUAGGUGGAAUUUAUUCAGCUUACCAGUCAUGCCAUACAUAUCAGGCAACCAGUGAGCCCUUGAUGUAAAGUCAUUUCAAACAAGUCGAUGUGCUGUUCAUGUACUGUAACUGAUGUUAACUGACUGUCUGUGUUGAAUAACCAAACUACAUGCAUGUGCUGCUUUACACAGGUGACUGAAAGGUUUUGUUAAUACAUAACGUUUAGUCUGCUGAAUGGUAGAGGAAUUACCUCAACUGACAUCAACUUUCUAUUAGAAUUUGGUAUACUGUAUUGGCUGUAUUAUAUCUAAUAGGCCAUUUUAAUAUGUAACCAUCUGAUGUGUGUCUUUUUUCUUUGCUAGCCCCCAUCGUCUCUCUGACUUUCAUGAUGUUUCAAUAGGUGAAGUGUUCCGUCCUGAACGGCUCUACCCUAAUUGACCUGACUCCUCUGAUCCAUGUGACGGGCUACUACAUGGCCACAAACGAGGACCUGGUGGACAAGGACCAGUCACCUGACUUUUACAUCAACAUCUGCCAGCCCCUCAACCCCAUCCCUGGGGUCACCUGUCCCCCAGGGGCCGCUGUCUGCAUGGACCCCGACGCGGGACCCCCUGUAGUGAGUCACACACACAGAAACGCAUGCACACACGUACACCCACACACACACACAGCAGAAAUGAAGACUCUUUAAUAGUAUUCCCUCUGCGUUUACAAACCAGCAUGCUCAAGGAUUUCUCUCUCUGUGUUUCUCUCCUGCUAACAGGACAUUGGUCGAAUCACUUCCACCCCAGAGUUCAACAGCAUGACCAAUGAGGUGUCAAUCACCUUCAACAGCACCACCACCUGCCCCUCUAACUCCAACAAGAACUCCACCUCCACCAUCCUGUUCACCUGCCAGAGAGGCCUGGAGCUGGUCAGUACCACACGUGGCACAGAUGAAGAGACCUUUUCUUUCAUUGUUGUCUUCUUUUCUCACUGAUGGUUCUUGUGUUGAAAGAUGGCAGAAAUAGAAGUAAUGCCUUUGCAGUAUUAAAGCCUCUUUCCUGUCCCCCAGGGCUCGCCCCAAAUGAUCAGGAAGCAGGACUGUAUGUAUAUGUUUGCGUGGGCCACUCCAGUGGUCUGUCCUGAUGCCACUCAGACCAGCGGCUGUACCCUAACUGACUCACAGCUGCAGUUCACCUUUGACCUCUCACCCCUCUCUGGGGAGAUCCAGGUGGGUUGACCUUUCCUACGUGACCUCUUACCCUCUAUACCCUACAUAUUCUAUUAUAGCUACUUAGCUAUAUUUCUUAUCUAUGCAUUAACACAUAGUUGUCCAUGUAUUAGGUGGACAGGGCUUUCUUUCUAAGUAGUUCUUCUUUUUCUUGAUGCCUUUCAUCCUCGUUGAUACCCUUUGUCUUUCUCUGCCAGGUGCCUGUUGGCUCGGAGACCUUUAAGAUCAAUGUGUGUGGCGCGGUGGCGGACCCCAACUGUAAGAACAGUGCAGUGUGUGUGCAGUCGCCGGGCGGAUCAGCGUUCUCCUAUGGCAUCAGCCAGGCCAUGACUAUGGACUACAAACAUGAGGAGCAAGCUGUCUUCAUGCAGUACGGAGGAGGAGACAUCUGCCCAGCAGGUUAGACUGUUCUCAGUCAGUCCUGCCUCUGAGUCUAUGACCAAGUCGGAAAUGACACCCUCUAUAGUGGACCGCUUUUAACCAGUGCCGUGUGUGGCAGUGCAUUAUAUAUGGUGUUAUUUAACUUGCAACCUAUGAUGCCUUGAUGAGGUGUUUAUCUGCCUGUUGUGGUGUUGUAUCCCAAAGUGAAGCUCAUUUCAUUUGAGACAAAAUAUAGUGCUGUUUUUUUAUUGCUGUACAUGUUUUCCUUUUCAGUGACUGAGAAUGAGGAGGUGUGCGUGUUUCCCUUCAACUUCCUGAAGAAGUCGUACACAGCGUGUACAACCGAGGGCAGGAUGGAUGGGAGACUCUGGUGUGCCACCACCAGCGACUUUAAUAAGGACAGGAAAUGGGGAUUCUGCGCUAAUGGUAAUGACUGGUCAAAGCAAUGCUAAUAGGCAGUCUUGUAUAAUGUGGAACAGAGUUUUGAUUGUGUCUCCUGGAGGCUCUGGGCUUAGCUGUGCUCAAUUCUGCUGUGUGUGUUGUCUCUCUCUCAGUUACAGGGAAGAGGCAGUCGUCCAUUCUGUUCACCUGUGACCAGUCAGCUGGCCACGGUACCCCACAGCUUCUCAGUGAGACGGGAGGCUGCGCUGCCACCUUCCAGUGGAGAACCACGACUGUAUGCCCACCCAAGAAGAUGGAGUGUAAGCUGGUGAACCAGCACCAAACCUACGACCUGCGCACCCUCUCCUCUCUCACAGAGCCCUGGAAGUUCAGCCACAACAAAACGGCGUAUGUUUAGCUUUUCCCUUUUCCUCUAUAUAUUUUCCUCUCCCUCCUCCCCUUCUGUCUUUCUCUCCCUCUGUACUACAUGAUGAUGAGUGAACAUGCACAGUAGUGGCAAGCUGUUAGAAAAAAACAUCUUUAAACUCUAGCUUGGCUGUGCUGUCUCCAGGUACUACAUCAACCUGUGCCAGGGGAUCCAUGGGGGCCUGCCAGACUGCCCUGAGGGAGCCACGGUGUGCCGGAGGACCAGUGAGGGGAAGACCCAGACCCUGGGCCGCGUCUACACCCAGAAGAUGGCCCUCUCAGGUGGGUCUUACAGCUCCCUCACAUCCCGCUACCCUCUACCCACACCUUAGCAGGACUGGAGGAAACUCUUUCAAAAUUGGAAUGUCAUGUGUUACGUUUCACAUGGUUCUUGGGCUUGUGUGUUUGUGUCCCAACCCACUAAGAUAAGCCGUUAUAGACGUAUUGCCUUACCAACCCUCCCUCUCCCAGAUAAGAAGAUCCUAGUGAGCUACACCAUGGGAGACACUGUGUGUGGGAACGGCCUCCAGGCCAAGACAGUGGUCCAGCUGACCUGUGGUCCUAACAUAGGCCAGCCCAAGCUGCUGAGGUGAGUGGGCUGUAAGCAGUUAGCCUGGGAGAGUCUCCUCCGCUGUAGCCUUGUCCCAGACCUGUUUGUGACGUAUAACCAACUGCUAUGGUUGUUGGCUAUACAGUACAAACAGAUCUGGGACCUGGCCACCUCCUACAAGGGAAAGCCAACUGUCUUCCUGUCAGCAACUAACGUGGUCCUGUGGGAAAAAUCUACCUAUUCAACUCAACAACACUAUAAAAAGUUACUGAAUAAUCAAGUUGAAGAGGCACUUUAACCUCCUUCAUAGUUGAAAAUUGACCACUUAAAUAUAAAUUUGAAGUCUUGAACGUCAUGUUUAUUUUUCUAGUGAAACUUUUCCAUCGUUCACGGUUUCAUUUGUCGUUCUUUGUAGGAUGCCUGUUAACUCUCGCUACCACACACACAUACCGUACACACACAUACCGUACACACACAUACCGUACACACACAUACCGUACACACACAUACCGUACACACACUCAGUGACUACAUUUCUGUGUCUCUGUCUCUGCGUAGCGUGGAUGAAGCCUUGUGUGAGUUUGUGCUGGGCUGGGAGACGCGUGCGGCAUGCGCUGCUCAACAACGUGAGGUGGUGAUGGUCAACGGAACCAUCAAAGUUCCCGAUACAGGUGCCAACUUCAGCCUGGGGGCCCUCUACUACAGGUGACACCUCUCACCACCAACACAGUUCAAUCAACCAACUUUGUAACAACAACCCAGGCCACCUCUCCAUUCUAGUCCUGUGUGGCUCAGUUGGUAGAGCAUGGCGCUUGCAACGCCAGGGUUGUGGUUUUGAUUCCCAUGGGGGACCAGUAUAGAAGAAAAAAAACAAGUAUGAAAAUGUAUGCACUCACUACUGUAAGUCGCUCUGGAUAAGAGCGUCUGCUAAAAUGACAUAAAUAAAAUAAAAAAUGAUGUUCUCCCUACAGAUCCACAAAUAAGAGAAUAUUCUGCAAUUACUGUGUCCAAAAUACCACAGUCGACUGCAGUUACUGCACUUUUACUGCAGUUUCAAAACUGCAGUCUUUUUUUGUAAGGGUCAUACAGCUAGAGUUAAACCAUUUAACCCUGACCAUCUUAUAUUGACACCUGUUAUGAGUCAAGUUCAUGUGCUGAGCCGAAAAAUAUAUAUAACAUGUUAUCUUCCAGGUCAUUGAGGUUAUAUGUUGGAAAACAAGCUUCUUUGCAUCCUAUUGGUAUUAUAUAACAACCUCAGUUGCUAAGGGAAGUCAGGAGUCCCUGUGGCUGGUUUUGGAUUCAUAUCGGGAUUUCCUAAACCCAGACAGAGAGAGAUCAUAGGUCAAAGCAUAGAAUUAGGAAUUAGAAUACUAGAAUGGACAUGAACCUUCUUAUGAUGGUCCAAAGAUCAGCCGUGUUGGUCAACCAUGGUUUUGCCAGUGCUGUGAUAAGAUAUUGUGUAAAACAAUGAAUGUGAAGAAUUUAUCUGCACUGUAUGUGUGUUAACUAGCUAGCUAGCCAACCAGUUUUAGAGAAAUUAUUCCAUAAAUGUUUCAAAUUAACUGCCAAUAAGCCAACAAUCCAGUCAAUUCACAGUUCACAUGGCUUACUUUUAUUUUCCUGCAUUAGUAAAAGCAGGAAAUGCAUCACCUAUGCCUCUACUGCCAUUCAUUCCAAUUAGACUGGUUUUGGAUUCCUCCCUGACUAAGAUGGCUGCCAUUUUGCCCCCGUUGUGGGUCAAAACCUCUUAUGUCAUAAAGGGUCAAAUGUUGCUCUGGCCUCUUAACUGCCUGAAUGCCUAUCACAACACCAGUGGGCCUCUGAUGCAAUUGAACCUCUCUACAGUUCCAGCAGGGAACAUAAAACAAACAUUUAUAAAUGUACUAGAGGGAAGAUAAAAUAAGCCUUUUAUGAAUUUACUCAGACCAGGUUUUUUGUCCCUCUGUCCUCUCCGUAGGCUCCACCAGGCCUCUGGGGACAUUCGCUCCAAUGGGGACAAGUACAUCUAUGACAUCCAGCUGUCAGGCAUCACCGACAGCUCCUUCUCAGUGUGUCUGGGGGCCAACAUCUGCCAGGUGAAGAUCAACGGAGACUACAGGAGGAAGAUCGGCUCCUCCAGCAAGGCCAAGUACUACAUCAAAGGUAAGACAUGUGAGCUAGACACAGGUUUACUCCAAAGUGGUCUGGGCCUUUGGGGAAUAGAGUGUGGUUGGGUUUGGGGCGUGGUGUUGAACAUCCUCAGUGCCUCACCUUGCACUUAUUAAAGAUGAGACGGAUAACAUCACUCACAAGAUACAGUACUGAUACUUACAUUGACGUCAAUGACUCAAUGAGCUCACUCCAUUAAGCUGCUUGUGAUUGAUGGAUGUACUUUCUCUCCUCAGGUGGUAACCUGGACGUGCUGGUCCCAUCUGAGUCUGUGUGUGGGCGGGACAAGUCCAUGAAGGCGUCGUCGGCCAUCUUGUUCCACUGUAACCCCUCAGCCGGGGAGGGCAUCCCAGAGUUCCUGUUGGAGACGGACGGAUGCCAGUACCUCUUCAUCUGGCACACCUCCACUGUCUGUGGCCUAGUGUGAGUCAACAACUCUACACACAGACAUCAGGAUAAAAUGCUUUGAAACAGGAAAUACUACCUGAAGUUGGCCUAUAAAAAUACUAGGCUUUUCAACUUCAGCUUUAAAGGUCUUUCUUCCAUUUGUGUCUAUUGAAAGCGACCCAGAGCUGUUCAUUUUUUGCUAGUCCUUACAUUGAAUUGGACUUUGAAUUUGAAUGAAAGAUGCUGUAUAAAGUAAAGAGGUGUGACAUUUUGUCUGGUGUGCCAUACAGAACUGUGGACACCUCCGCGUCCAAGCAAACUGACGAUGACAGAGGGGAGGACCAUAUGGCCUUGUCUGGGAGGAGCCAGGCUAUGGGGGCAGUCCUGAGCGUGCUAUUGGUUGUGCUGACCAUCUGUCUGCUGGUUCUGCUACUGCACAAACGAGAGAGGAGGUAGAGACAUCUACCCUCUUCAUCUUCCCCAUUAGCAUAGGGCCUAUGGAUACUAAUUUGUGAAUACAGCUUCAGUGUGUUUUGGUCAUAUGGUACAUGCAUCCUAUUUAUUUUAAUCUUCUCCUAAAUCUUUUCUAUUUCCAGGGAGCUGGUUAUACAGAAAGUGAUUGGAUGUUGCAGGAGAGGAAAGCCUGUCUCUUAUAAAUACUCCAAGGUAUCCACACCAAUAAACCCUAUAGUAGAGAGGAAACCAACCAGCUUUGUGUUAAAUAAUUUUAAAAAACACAGUAUGCUACAGUGUAUAUAGUCUCUUUCAAUUCAAUGUUUAUAUUUGAAAGUAAUUGAUUCCAUGUCAAUGUUGGUGUGGCGAUUGCCCAGUGCUUAAUAUUUUCCCCUGUGUCUGUCUGUCUGUUCCUUCAGGUGAUCAUGGAUGAUGAGGGAGUGGAGGAUGAGAUGGAGUGGCUGAUGGAGGAGAUGGAGGCCCCAGCCAUGUCCUCUCGCCUCGGGAAGGAGGGCCAGGAGAACGGCCACAUCACAACCAAGCCCGUCAACGGCGACGCCCUGCGCUCCUUCUCCCUGGAUGAGCAGGAGGACAGUGAGGACGAGGUCCUAUCUGUCCCCGGGGUGCGUGUCCACGGUGGUCGGACCACUCUACGGCCCUCGAGCUCCAGGACCCGCACCUCAAGGCCCCUCCGCAGCGCCCUCCUGGAGGAGGAGAGUGAUGAGGACCUGGUGGGGCUCCUGGAGGACAGGGAGAGGAGGGGAAGGGCCAAGCCUCACCGUGACAACAGACCCCCCCACAGGAAACAACAAGAGCUCCAGGAUGACAGCGAUGAGGACCUGCUGAGAGUGUGAGGGACUCCCCAUCCCCCCCGUCACGUCCAAGCCACCUGAACUAAUCUCUAUCUCUUACUCUUUCUUUCUCUUUCUCUUUCUCUGAAUGUCUCCACACAACGACAACAACGCAAGAAAGCAGAAACCCUUAGGAGUUUUGUUUAUUUUCUAAAGGGAACGAUGCAAAAUGUCUGUUGGCUGUUUACAGUUUUAAAGAGCAGAUUUUUUGGGGGGGCCCUCUUCGAAAGAAAGUUGAUGCCUUCCUGAUUUAGUGUUUUCAUCAAUUAAUUGUUUUUGUACUGUUUGAUUUAUAUUUAAUUUAUGUACAUAGGUAAUGGGAUUCUAUUUUGUCACUUGCAUGUUCCUGAGAAUUGCUUAUUCACGUUUUUUAUUAUUUCAUUUUGCGGACUGAUUUGCUCUGUAAAACUCUAUACUGCUAACCUUGCCAGGAUUGGACAUGAUUGGCCUCUGUGUGAAUGGAUUGUUGUGAAAAUGAAAGAUAAGUUAUUGGGAAAACAGGGACUUGAAAUUGUGUUGCUCAUACCAUGACUCAUUGGUACAUGGGAUUCUUAAGUUGUAUGUUUUUGAGUUCCCCAAAUCGUAUUUAUUCAACAACAGUAUAUCAAAUCAUCAUGUGGUUUUGUACUUGCGCUCCAUAUGUACAUCACAGGCACAGCUAGUUGCUGUAUCUGUUAAAUGGUAUAAAUGAACUUUGCUUCUAGAUGUUGCCUUGUCAAAGUCAUGACCGAAGUUUAUUUGAAAGGGGAAGUUUUCUGUUGAUCUGAAACUCACUUUUUGCAAAAUUGCAUGUGCUAUCCCUCAAACGGAAGUCAUGAAAGAUGUAGCUAGUGCCAUUUAAAGAUGCAAUGUAUUUGUGAGCUUGAGAUCCCCUUUUCAGUCUUGCUCAGCCAUAUCUAUCCAAUGCAGAUGCUUUACUGGGUCUAUAGCAGCAAUCACAGUAUUACUUUUCUGGGAAAAUAUAUGGAUUCUUUGAAAUUAAUUUAGCAUUUAUCAGUUGGCACACACAAGUACACAAACAAACACCAGUACUAAAACCACAUGUACACAGGCAGUCACUAAUUCCACUCUUAUGUAUCUGUAGUUGGGACAAUAUCUCAUAUUCAUGUCAGUGGUACAGAACAGUAAUUAGAAAAAGCUUUUGAAGUGGAACUUGCCUCACUAACCAGUCUGGCUAUAGGAUGCUUGUUACCGUUGUCUCUCUUCAGACGUCAAAUUGGAGAGUUACUUUGUUAUGCCAGUGUUUAUCACCAGGGUUGAAGCUAAUGUUCACACACUUAGCAAGCAGCCGGCCAUAGCGAUCUUAUCCAAAAAAAGAAUGGUUGACCUUUCAGGGUAUUUAUUAAGGUUUGUAGCUACACGUUAUUAAUAGGAGGAAGGUUUUGGAAAAGUGGUCCUCCCUGCAGCAGCACAAAAAGCUUCACAAUGUUUUGCGAGAUAAAAAAAAGAUUUAAUUUUGUAUUUAUUUUCAUAAUUUUCCUCACCUUCAAGAUCAUGCAUUGAAAUUGUGACAACUGCACAAAGGCAAACAUUUAAAACAGACAUAACUGUAGAAGUCAGAUGAUGAAAAAUAACUAAGAAUGCAAACCAUUGCAAGCCAGUGUUUGAGUUUGGUCCCUCAGAACAAAAGAGGCAUCUUCAGGUACUUUGAUAUGGGGAAAGAGCACUUGCUACCUCUCCUCAGGAGCGAUAGAAAGUAAUCCUGUGUGGUAGUAAUGUGAAGGAAACUCCUUGCUCGUUGUAUAAUGUCUAGCUCUGCUGUAAGCACCAAAGCACGUCUGCUUGGUUAAUCUGUGUGGGUAUGAAUCAUGGGAUAAGGAGCUCCAUUCUGAUGAGUUGGUAGUUUUGGAGGUGAUUUGGUUCUUGUAUGUUAUUUUCUCAAACAUGUUUUACUGCUUUUGUCUGUUUUCAUAUUUAAAUGUUGAUGUAAAAAUGUUGCAUUAUUUGAAUAAAAACAGAUCAGCUGUCCGUCAC